AGAUGGACUGCAAACGUUUACUUCCACGUGCUUAGCAGUAGGCAGCAAGCGUAGAAGUACUACAUAUGGGGUCUCAAAGGCUUGUGUUUAGUCUAAAAGAUAAAUUUUGUGUGUUGCCAGAGCUGCGCUAAAAGGAAAUUUCCUGCUGUGGAGACAUUAUGCCAUAGACUAAGCUUCAGGAAAAAUGAGAAAUUUUCUAUUUGGGGCCUUAAAAAGGGGGCGGAUGGAGAAAAAUGUUGACAUUUUGACUGUGGAAAGUCCUGGCUUGCUGGGAGUGGCGGGGUUUCCUGCUACUAAAAGCUGUAAUUUUUGUAAUGCAGUGGGCUAAUUUGGUGCUCUCCACAAAGGACACGUGUUCCUGUGCUGUGUUGGUUUAUGGUAUAAAUGAGCUGUUACACAGCACACCUCCAGUGUAAAGCCAGGUAUGAUCUCCUAUGAGAGGGGAGAAGGCCUCAGAAAACGCCAUUUUGCAGGUGAGAGUUUACUGCUUCUAAACAUUCUGCCUUACAAUGUCCAAGGCUUCCCAAGGUAUGUUCAAGGAGGAGCUGGAGUGGUGCACUUCUCAGCUGGAGGCAGAUCUCCAUCUCACUCCACACCCCAGACUAGGAGAGGAGACCGAACACAUUCUCAAGGUCCUGUGCUCCCCUGAGACUCCUCUUACAGAGAAGCAAGAAGUGAUGAGCAAUGUGCUUGAGGAUUGUCAUCUCAAAAUGGAUGAGGGUCAGAAGAGUGUGAAGAGAGGCAUGAAACCUGAUGUUGUGGAAGUACAGCCAAGCAAUGGACAGGCUGCAGAUGCUGUGAAAAAGGCUGACCCAACCGCUGAGGCAAAGCCAGAGUUGUUCACAUCAUCUGGCAGCAGCUUCCGAUUUGAUUUUACGCUUUCCAAGAUCUACCCAGAAGCUGACUCUGGUGACAGUGGUGCUGAGCAGGUACAAAGCAAUGACAGAGCUGGCAAGCAGGAGUACUUUAGUGAAGCCUUGGGGUUUGCUGCCUCUGGACAAGAACCCAAGUUUGCUUUCAACUUUUCCAUCCCAGGUGAAGACUGUCCUCAGCUUCAGUUACUUCCAGCAAGCCAUCAUACAGAGCACACAGCAGAUCCUUCACUGCCAGCAGAACCAGCAGCUCUGCUGCAGGCUUCAGCCUUACAGAAGCCUGAGGUGACUCAAGUGACAGGGAAUGCAACCCAAGAGGAUAGAAGCCAUGUCACAUCAAAGAUCCCCCAAACAGAGACAGCCCCUGCAAAUGAGGCAGUGACAGAGAAAACAACAGGAGGUGGAGCAGCCCAGAAGAAGAAAAAGAAGAAACAAAAACCACCUGUCAGUAAAAAGAAAACAGAAGAAACUGAGACCAGCAGGAAGGUGGAAGCUAACAGCUGUCAGAAUACGGAUACUUCCCAUCAGGAUGAGAAGACCUCUCAGCAGUUAGAUGAGCAGCUGCGGAAAGAGGUGGACUGGUGUGUGAGCCAACUGGAACUCGGCUUGAAGACACAGAAACCCACUCCAAAGCAGGCUGAGGAGGCUCUCAGGGCAAUCAGGACACUGCGCAGUGACAAGGCUCCACUGGUGAAGAAGCGUCAGCUCAUGAGAGCCAUGUUUGGAGACUACAGGAAGAAGAUGCAGGAGGAGCUGUGCAGAGAGCUGAAGCUUAUGGAAACAGCUGCAAAAUCUGCCAGGAUUGUGGAGRUGGAGGGAAGCAUCCGCAAGAAGAAUGGCCAGUUCAUCCGGAAAUGUUUGGGAGCUUGCAGGAAAAGCCAAGGUUCAGCAGAAUCCCCUUCGGAGUCACACAAAACACUUGACACAGGCCUAUUUAACUUCACAAGUCCCCAAGAAGAAUUUCGCUUUAAUUUCUUCUAGAAAAAUCACUUUUCACAACUGUGCCAGAUCUCCUGUAAACUGAAGAACAGUGGAAAGAUGCUGUGCAGUAGGAAAUGUCAUGCAUGAAACUCUGGAUCCUCUUCCAGGGUGCUUUAUCUAGAAGUUUAAGCCAGAUUUGCCUACUAUGCAUAUGACCCUAAAAUUCAGGCUACAUAGUGCUUCUCUAUGCUCACACUGGAGAGAGGCACCUUUGAAAGGGUCAUCACUGUGGAMGGAUCUGCUUUCCUUCCUGUAGAAUUGACAUUAACUGUAGAAUCUGUCUUUUGUAGCAUGAGAUUUUCCCAUUCUCCUAUUGCUUUUAAAUAGAGCAGAGCUUUUCUUGCAGCUGAGACAGCAAUGCAUACAGGAGGGAAUGGUUUGGAAUCAAGAUCCAGCCGUGGACAGUUGGAUGCUUCCACUCCAUCAGUCUGUGUGAAAGCAGUUUCUGGCAUACAGCAAACACAAGUAGUAUGUUAUCCCUUACAUGGAGGAGCACAAGCUCAGGGUCUCGGGGGAAAGUGAGUGAGAAACAUUUUUGCUCAUUCAUCUCUUUCACUGGCAAGUACAGACCUAGAAUAAAACUGCACAUCCUGAUUUAAUCUAGGCUAGAGAUGUAAGGACAGUUGUUUCCAGGAAAACAGGGAAAAAUUUUGUUGCUGAAGCCAGAUUCUGGCCAGCUAGGAAGGAUAUACAAUUGGCUCUUAAAGUUUACUUUAUAAGUUGCCCAGUUGCGACCACCAGUGCCUCAGAGGGAAAAUUAGCUGCAUGCCAGCUUUUGUGGUGGUAGAAUCAACUGUCACACCUAAAUACUCUCUUCCAUUAGAUUUGUAUUAAAUUUUGGCUUAUUGAAUGUGUGUCUCCAGUCAAUACUGCUUGAGUCUCUGAAGUCUUAAGUUCAUGCAGCAUGGUUUUUGUGUGGGACACGGUUUCCCCAGUCAGUGGUGGGGUGAUUAAAGGAAGGCUCUAGGGAGUAUGGUGAACAGGAGCAGACAAACAGGGGCCUGGCACGUCUCUGAGGRUGUGACACGGCAGUUUGUGAGGAAGUUUGCACAGGCAGAGCAAGUGGGCAGUGUUGCAGGUAUUCUGCUGCUAGCGGUGUUUUGUUUUGUUGGCUGGUUGGUUUUGGGUUUUUGUUUUUUGUUAGCAAUAGUUUAUACAGGAUCAAAAACUGCAGUUCCUACAAGCAUACGUAGCCAAAUACAGUCCUCCAGAAAGGAUGCAUCUGUCCAGACCUAUUUAUGUGCGGAGUGUUUGAGCUUAUCARUGGUACCAAGGGGCAUUGGAGAAGAAGCAUGCCUGCAGUGUGAACAGGUGAAUGAUCUCCUUUCACUGGURAGCUCAGGGAGGAAGUAGAAAGGCUAAGGAGUAUUAGGGAAAGCAAAAGGGAAAUAGAUUGGUGGAGUUCUGCCCCCAUCCUUGAGGGAGGCCCACCAGGAGUCAGAGGACUCCCAUGCCUCCCACUGUCAGCCAGUAGAACAUUUGGUGCAUGAAGGGGAGUGAAAUGAGUCCCUAUUUGAGAAGGUAGUAAGAAUUCCUCCCGACCCCCAUCWCCUACCCAGGUGMWGCUUCAGGACAGGUCUGAGGCCCUGGAUCUAGAGGAUCAGCCAGAUGAUGUAGCAGAGAAUGAUCUGUCCAGUUGUCCUAGGUUAGCUAGGAACCUYCCAAUUAUGCUUCACCUGUUAGUCAGAUCACCACCYCUUUCAUUAAAAAGAAAAGAARGGUAGUCRUAGUGGGUGACUCCSUUCUGAGGGGAGCAGAGGGCCCCAUAAGUUGACCGGCCCCAUCCCACAGGGAGAUCUGCUGCCUCCCUGGGGCCCAGGUAUGGGAUAUCAUUGAGAGACUGCCUGGGCUGAUUUGGCCYUCUGAUUAUUACCCACUGCUGAAAGUCCCAGCUGGCAGUGAUGAGCUUGAAAAGAAAAGCAUCAGGGCAAUUAAAAGGGACUUUAGGGCACCAAAACCAAAUGGUUGACAGGGUACAGGCACACGUCGUGUUCUGUUCAGUCCUUUUGGUACCAGAGAAAAACAAUGAAAGGAAUAGGAGAGCCACAUUAUCAAUAAAUGGCUCAAGGCUUGGUGCCAUCAUCAGAAUUUUGGGGUUUUUGAUCAUGGGGARACUUUCACAKCACCUGGUCUGCUGGAGCUCGAUGGGCUCCAUCUCUGUUAAGGGCAGGGUUUUAGCUCAUGCGCUGGCUGAACUCAUUGAAAGGGYUUUAAACUAGGCUUGAAGGGGAUGCAGCUGGGCUCUGUGGAAGCAGACCGAAGGGUGGAAAGCCUGAGUUAGGGGUGAAACAAGCCCAGCUGAAGUGCAUGUAUACUGAUGCCUGCAGUUUGGGUAACAAUCAAGAAAAGCUGGAAGCCUUGGUGCAGCAGCAAAGCUGUAAUGUAGCCACCAUCACAGAAAUGUGGUGGGAUGACUCACAGAGCUGGAACACUGCACUGGUUGGCUACAAACUUCAGAAGAGACAGGAAAGGRAGAAGAGGUGGAGGRGUGGCCCUUUAYAUUAGGGAGGUGUUUGAUUUCAUGGGCAUUGAAACUCGUGAUGAUAAAGUUAAAUGCCUAUGGGUGAGAAUUAAGGGRAAGGCCAACAAGGCUGACAUUCCAUUGGGAGCUUUUUCCCGUCCAUCCAGCCAGGAGGAAGAGGUGGACAACUUAUUCUAUAAACAACUGRAGAAUGCUUCARGGUCACCAGCCCUUGUUCUUGUAGGUGAUUUUAACAUCCCAUACAUCUGCUGGGAACUUAGUAUAGCAGAAAGGAGGCAGUCCAGGAGGUUCUUGGAGUGUGUAGAAGACAACUUUCUAUUGCAGAUGGUGAGUGAGCCCAYCAGGGGAGGGACUAUGCUGGAUCUACUGUUUGUUAAUAGAGAUGGGCURGUGGGAAAUGUGGUUGGAGGCCGCUUGGGGCAUAGUGAUCACGAAAUUAGAGUUUUCAGUAUUUGGUGAAAUGAAGAGGAACACUAAUAAGACUYUUACUCUGGACUUCCAGAGGGAAGACUUUGGCUUUUUCAGGAAACUUAUUCAGAGAGUUCCUYGG